UAACAAUCUCAAAAACCAAUAUUGAUUCAUGUAAAUGGAUCCAUUUUAUAGAUGCACUUCAUCUGUUACUUCUGCUUCCUCCUCAGACUCCUCGUCUGAAUCCUCUUUGUCUCAGAGAAAUUCGGAGAGAGUAAAAGGGCCAUGGAGUGCAGAGGAAGACCAGAUCCUGAUACGGAUGGUGGAGCGAUAUGGGGGCAGAAACUGGUCCUUGAUCAGCAAGUACGUAAAUGGCCGCUCGGGGAAAUCUUGUAGGCUGAGGUGGUGCAACCAGCUCAGCCCAACGGUGGAGCACCGCCCAUUUUCGGCGGAUGAGGAUGAGACUAUCUUGGCGGCGCAUGCAGAGUACGGCAAUAGAUGGGCCACUAUUGCAAGGUUGCUCCCCGGCCGUACGGAUAAUGCCGUGAAGAACCACUGGAACUCGACAUUGAAAAGAAAAUACCAGCACAAACAAGUAGUUGAAAAAUCAACUGAUAGUACAGUAAAUGUUGCUUCUGGGUCUAGAAUGUGUUCUGUGAGUAAUGAUUUUGAUGAAGAAUAUGAUCCGAUGACGGCAUUAUCCUUGGCUCCGCCGGGACUUGGACGGUGAUGUGGUGGCAAACUAAGACUUUUUCGGCGGAGUUUUGGGAUGCGAUGAGGAAUGUGAUAGCUAGAGAGGUUUGGGAGAAUGUUCUUCGGUGUUUCAUUAGCUUAAUGAUAAUUAUAUGUUUGCUGCGUAUCAGUCAACUGCUAUUGAUUUGUAUAAUAUUCUCUUACAUAUGCUUUUAA